AGCAGCUGAACCGUCAAAACAUAAACAGAGCACCGAGCAGCCAGCCAGCCUGGUGUGAACGCAGUUAGCUCUCUCUAUUGUCUGCCUUUAUGCACGCUAAAGCUUCAUGCACGCAGACCUAAUGUCGUGUAUUUACCAGCAGAGGACUCUCAGUCGAGGCUCGUAGGCUCUGUAGCUGUAGUAGUGCGGCGGAGAAGAUCAAUCUGCAAUAAAGAUUAUAGGACUAAACUAAGAAGUGCGCCUCGGCGGGCCUUCCAGCAGAGGUUCUCCCUCGGGUCGACGCAGGACAAAAGGAGACACAAUGUCUGAGGCUGACGGCAAAUCCACCCCCCUUAAUGGUGAAGAAAAAGAACCAGGAGAAGAUCAACACAAGGAGGCAGAUGCCUCCGGAAGCAAAGAGGAACAAGCGCAGUCUCAAGAUGCUCCCAAAGAAACAGCAGAGGCGUCUGGAGACAAGCCUAUGCCAGAUGUGGAAGGAGGAGAGGUGGGGGCAAACGGAGAGGGAGAGGAGGAAGAAGACACAGACAGCAUGGAUGGCAGCGGUCUUUACUCCCUGACUGAGGACGGUGAAAGAGAGAGCGAGGGAGGCAGACGGGAGAGAGUGAAGGAUAAAGAUGGUGGGAAAAGGGCAGCUAGAAAGAGGAAUAGACCCGGCGGCGGCACCAAUCACUCCACCAGCUCAGAUGAGGAUGACGACGAGGACGACGAAGAUGAACCGAAAGACGAUGAAGACGACGACGAGGCUAUGGAGGCGUGGCUGGGAGCAGAGCUCCGUGACAUGCGUGGCCCUAUAUGGCGGUCGAUACCCUCACUGCGCUCCAGGGAGAUCGGCAGGGACUCGCACCAGUUUGUGAGGCGUGUGUGUGGAGCCCGCGGUCUCGUGCAGAGGCUGGAGCUCCAGGGCCGACUGGAGAGACACACGGGCUGCGUCAACACGCUGCACUUCAACCCCUCGGGCACACGCCUGGCUUCAGGCAGCGAUGACCUGCGAGUGGUGAUCUGGGACUGGGCGGUCCGCCGUGCUGAGCUGGAGUUUGACAGUGGCCACAAGAGCAAUGUGUUUCAGGCAAAGUUCCUGCCUCACAGUGGCGACUCCACCUUGGCCAUGUGUGCUCGAGAUGGUCAGAUCAGAGUGGCUGAGCUCUCCGCCACACAGCGCUGCAAGAACACCAAGCGGGUAGCACAGCAUAAAGGGGCAGCACACAAGCUGGCCCUUGAGCCAGACUCCCCCUGCUCCUUUCUGUCUGCUGGAGAGGACGCUGUUGUGUUUGGUAUCGACCUGCGUCUCGACCGUCCCGCCAAUAAACUGGUGGUUGUAAAGGAAGGGGAUAAAAAAGUGGGGCUGUACACCAUCUUUGUGAACCCAGCCAAGACACAACACUUUGCCGUGGGCGGAAGAGAUCAGUAUGUGAGGAUCUAUGACCAGAGGAAGAUCAAUGAGAACGAUAACAAUGGUGUUCUGAAAAAGUUUUGUCCUUCACAUCUGGUAUCCAGCGAGUCCAAAACCAACAUAACCUGCCUGGUGUACAGCCACGAUGGCACAGAGCUCCUGGCCAGUUACAAUGACGAGGACAUCUACCUGUUUGACUCCAACCACAGUGAUGGGGCCGACUAUCGCAGGAGAUACAAGGGACACCGCAAUAAUGCUACAGUGAAGGGUGUGAACUUCUACGGGCCAUGCAGCGAGUUUGUUGUCAGCGGCAGUGACUGCGGACACAUCUACCUGUGGGACAAGUACUCUGCUCGCAUCGUCCAGUUUAUGGAGGGAGACAGGGGAGGAGUGGUGAACUGUUUGGAGCCACAUCCCCAUCUGCCCGGUAUGGCCACCAGUGGGCUGGACCACGACAUCAAACUGUGGGCUCCCACAGCUGAAAGCCCCACAGGACUCAAGGGUCUAAAAGAGGUGAUGAAGAAAAACAAGCGGGAGCGUGAUGAGGACAGCGUGCGCCACGGCGACCAGUACGACACCCAGCUGCUGUGGUUCCUGAUGAGACACAUGAGGAACAGACGGCCUCCGAGGGCCCGUCGUGAGGGCGCAGACGCAGACACAGAUGAGUCCUGGAGCUCUCCGGAUUCCUCCGACGAAGAGGAAGGAGGUCCGGACCACGUCCAAUGCAUGUCCUCCUGAGCCACACACAUACACAUAUACUUAGACACACACACACAUGCAUACACACAUACAGUACAUAUAUACACACUUUAUUGCCCUUGAAUUGAUGCACAUAGGCAAGCACUAUUGACACACUGGCACACUCAACACACUGACGAGCCACAGACUUGUUUUCGUUCUUUUACACACACAUACACACUCACACAGAUAAAAAAAAACAUUUACUUAAACAUCCUUUUGAAGCAGAGUUUGACAGAGAUGCUUAACGCCUGGUUUCCCAGCAGUAGUGAGUGUGCAAAAUGACGGCUACAGACUUCAUACACACUUCCAGAAUUUUUUUGAGAUUUGUACAAAGAGGUUUUAGUGAGUGCUUACAUCCCUAUAAACCACUUGGAGGCCCCCUGCUUGUCCAUACAUUAUCUAUAUGCUCUGUCUAGCCCCAGAACAAUGUACUGUGUGUGUAUGGCAACAAGCAACCUCCUCUUUAGGUACGCUGUAGGAAGCUAUACAUCACCAGCACACAAUCCCCCCCCCCUCUCUUAGUAACGCACCUCUUGCUCUCGAGCUCCCUGGGAGUGUCAGCAUCAGAAUCGUACCCUCAAACCUAUCCCCUGAAUGUGACUUCCUUUCUGAUUUGAACUCAUAGAAGGAAACCCCAGUGCCCCCUCACUGCAUCGCCCCAGUCUCGUACUGAUUUCUUGCCCCAAGCUUGUGCAGCUAGUUGCAUUUUUCACAUGUUUUUCUCUCUACCCGAGGACUACUAAAUCCCUACAUGCUGCAUCACCUCGACAUGCUGCCCUCAAGCUACUCCCUCUCCCUUCCUCUUUCCAUCUCACUCCCCCUCCCUCACUACUGAGUGCACUUUGAAUCAGGGAUGCUUUAGUUUGAGAAACAGACAAAAUGUGCACUGAGUGUGUGAUUUUGGGGGGGGAAGAGCUGUUGUCUUGUAUCCUUCAUUGGAAACCCCACAGUGAAGUUUAGUUUUAUUUCUAUUGAUUUGUUCUGAGUGGGGAGAUGUUUUGCACUUGAGCUUUUUUGACUGAGGAAGAGGAGGUUUCUUUUGCUUCCACCAGCCUUUCCUCCUUCCUUCCUUCCUUCCUUCCUCUUCUUCUUCCUCCCUCACUCUCUCUCCAUCUUUGACAGGAAAUCGUAGAUGGUGAUCAGCAUGUGCAUAGGAUAAAGGACUGAUGUGGGGCUCUGUUGGGGGACGAAUUUGAAAGAGACAGAACCGACCUGGAUCAAAUCCCAAUUGAAACACUGCCUAAGUGCCAAUUGAGAUUGAGAGUUCUAACCACGCGGUUCCUGAAAAUCCUUCUGUGAUGUCAUUGCUGAAUGACAUUUUGUCAGACAAACAUUUGAACCAGGUCGUGUGUUUGCAGCCAGCUCACCACAUGUGAUGAGACUUCAGUCUGUGGUUUGUUAACAGUGGCUCUAAGAGGAGGACGGAGGUAGGGGGGGCGGGGUCAAUAUGCUUGCCAGUCAUUUGUUGUGUGAGAGCGAUAAAGUCCAGCUUUUCUCAUUUUCUAUGAGAACUCUAGUUAGUUGAAUUUAUAUGUACAUAUAUAAAUAUAUAUUAAAACUGUAAAAAAAAAAAAAAAAAAAUCAACUUUAGCAAAUGCUGUUUGACUUCAAAAAAAAAGAAGAAAAAAAAAGAUGUCAAAACAUUUGAUUGGUAUUGAUGCAGAGGUUUAUAUUCUAUAUGAGGACAACGUACUUUUAAAAUCCAGAGAAAAAAAAAAGUUGACUUGAGGCACCAUUUUUCUUCAGUUUUUCCUUUUUAUGAAUGACAUCCCUCUGUUAUGAACAGAACAGCUGUCAUCUCAAGUAUUAAAAGUAAGGAUUCUCUUUCUUGUUCAAGAAAAUAAAAAAAAAAAAAGUAUUUCCUUUCUAGAUCUUAAUCCAUCAUUUGAGACAGUUAAAUCCAGAUUUUCCCACUGGCUAUUUUUGGCAUCUUGUAUACAUAAUAAGGCGUUUGAUGAACAAUUUUUUUGUCCACCACUGCCUAAUGCGUUCUACCAGUUAAGUUGGAAAUAUGUACGAUUCGUGCAAUAAACAAAAAGACAGUGCUCUUGA